CAACAUAACGUAUUCAGAAGACUACGAUGAAUCAGUUGCACAGUACAAUUUAACACUUAUUAUAAGGGCAAUGUCCAUCAUAUGGUACAUUGUGACUCUAAUCUUGGGGAUCGUAGGAAAUGGUUUAGUCAUCUGGAUUGCCGGUUUCAAGAUGAAGACAGUCAGUGCCGUGUGGUUCCUAAACUUGGCUAUUGCUGACUUUGUCACAUGUGUUUCUCUACCCUUACGUAUUUCUGAGUGGGCUUUGUAUUGGAAAAUUCCUUUUGAUCACUUCCUAUGUAAGGCUGGUAUAACAAUUCUCUUCAUAAACAUGUUAACUAGUGUUUAUUUCAUGACCGUCAUCAGCAUUGAUCGAUGUGUUUCCGUUUGUUACCCAAUUUGGACCAAAAUACACAGGACACCCAGGUUAGCCACCAUCAUAGCUGUACUGGUUUGGCUGCUGAGCCUAGUUACUAGUAUCCCUCACCUGGUGUUUAACCAUGGGUUUGAAUAUGUCACUGAGUGUUUUCCUAAAUAUUUACAAAUUUCAGGAAAGAGAAGAAGGGCAAUGUUUAUCACGAAGAAUAUCUGCAUGUUUGCAUUCCCAUUUGCCAUCAUCCUCAUAUCAUAUGCCCUGAUUUUUUUCAAGAUAAGAGCAAUCAGAAAAUCAAGUAGGUCUAACAGACCAUUCCGAGUUAUCACCGCAGUCAUAGUAUGCUUCUUCAUCUGCUGGUUUCCAUAUAACACCUGGCCAUUAAUAACGAUUGAUGUAAAUUACUGGAGAGCUGAUGUUGUCAUUACAGAGGUUUCCGUCUGCUUGGCUUACUUCAGCAGCUGCAUCAACCCCUUGCUCUAUGUCUUCUUUUCCCAUGAUUUCAAGAAGAGCUUUGUAAAGUCCAUUCCAGCUGUGUUGGAAAAUGCUUUUAAGGAGCCGUCUGAUCUUAACAGUUUGGACAACGCUGUCACCAGCACAUUUCCAACAUCACAUUUGGAAUCUUCAUUAUAAUUAAUAUUUUGUGACUGAGCACCAUAAUAUGUUAUAUGGAUAACAUUCUCAAAUAUUCUGUACAUAUGUUGCGAGUUUCUUGGAAUACAACAUACAGUAUCUGUCCCUCUGUUUAGCCCUACAUGCUCCUACCUGGCAUCACUGGUUAUUUACAUGCAGGUGUCUUAUAAUAGUAUUGUAGAUUGAACGAGAAACUGGAAAGUGUCUUGUUUUUGGAGAACACAUUGCGUAAUGAUGGUUAAGUGAUUUACUAAGAUCAGUGCAUGCCCAUUACCAGGCAAUUACUGUAACUAGUAAUGGGUUGCGGUUGGGAUGUUUUUGCCGAGAUCCCAGCGGUAAGGUGCGAGCACCAUGAAGCCGCCUGCACUCGCCACAGGUUCUAUUCCCACUCUAUAGGUGUCAUGGACACCCACGAGUGGGAAUAGCCCCUGUUAGCCAGGAUUCUGGCUGGUGGCAUUGUCAGUGGUUGGGAUUCCAGCAUCGGUAUCCUGACCAGCGGAUCCCGACUGUCGGCAAUAUAACUACAUUCCGGUGUAAUGUAUCACAUUGAAUAUUUAGUCUGUGUUUUGCUCUUACAUAUGGUUUGUGCACUGCAAAUAAAUGCAAAUGAUAUUGUACUGAGUGUGGUAUAACA